GGGAGAGGGAGGCGGGCGGCAGGCGGGCGAGUGGCGCGCGUCGCGGCCAAUGGCGCAAGGGCAGCUGCCAGCGGCGUGAGGGGGAGAGGGCGAGCAGGCGAGCGAGAGAAAGGCAGGCGGCGGCGGCUGAGGCGGAGGAGGCGGCGGCGGCGGCGGCGCGGAGCAGGGGCAGCGCGGAGCGAGCGGCCCCGCGGGGGCCACGGCAGAUUCCAUAAUGAUGAAUGGUUCCAACGUGGCCAACACGACUCCACCUGCAGCCACCCCAGCCAAAUCCAAGGAGGACCAGGUAGUGAAUGGGCAUGACGAGAAGGAAAACAACCCCUUCGCAGAGUACAUGUGGAUGGAGAAUGAGGAGGACUUCAACCGCCAGGUGGAGGAGGAGCUUCAAGAGCAGGACUUCCUCGACCGCUGUUUCCAGGAGAUGCUGGACGAAGAGGACCAGGACUGGUUCAUUCCGUCCCGUGACCUGCCCCAGGGCAUUGGGCAGCUUCAGCAGCAGCUGAAUGGGCUCUCGGUCAAUGACAGCCCCUACAGCCACGUAUCGGAAGACAUUUUGAGCAAAAGCACCUUAAACCCCGACGCCAAGGAGUUUGUCCCUGGAGUGAAGUACUGAACCAUCAGGCCAACUUCACCAAGACUUUGGUUUUUGCCCUGGAUGGGUGGGACGGGGUGGGGGGGCAGUGGGGCCCGCAAGCAGUGGUGGGGAAGAGACUCCUCAUGGGUGCACCUGGGGGACUCUCAAGCGACUUAAUCCCUCUUUUCUUGCUGCAUCGGGACGUUUUGAAACAAACUGACAAGAAGGGCUGCCCGCCACAGGGCAGGGCCAGGAGCCGGAGCCGGCUGGGGGAACUUCUGGGUGGCUGGGCUUCUUUUUCCGUUAAAACGGCAGCAAGUGUAACGCGGCGGUGAGUGGGGCCCCCUGCCUUCCCACCGGCCCCUUCACUGAGCCUGCUUUGGACACUGCCCAGGGGCCCUGCUGCAGUGCGGGGAAGGGGCCCCCGGCUGCUUCUCUUCUUCUCGGUGGAGAUUCUCCAGCUUGCCUGCCCGCCCGCCCGCCCGCCAGCUGCUGCUGCUGCUGCUUCUCCUGGCUUGGGAGCUGCCCCUUCCUCUGCCCUGUCUCGCUCAGGCUACUUUGUGGUUCCAGCAGGUGAGGCUGCCCCUGGGUGGGGGCCAGGGUGGGACUCUUGAGGGUUUGGGGGGUUGGCUUCAAUCUUGCCCCCCUCCCCAGCCCACGGCAAGCUCCUGGCCCCCUAAUGCUGGCUGCAAGAGCCACUGCCUCUGUGCCGGAAGCAGCCAUGGAGGCCCAGCAUAUCCUAGAGUGGCUCAUCCACAGAGACUCCCCUGGGCACAGCCCCCCCCCCCCCCCCGUGAACAAUGUUGUGUCCCUUUUCUUUCUCUUCUCCCUCCUUAGUCCCUCUCCGUAAAAAGAAAUACCACCAGCGGGCAUGACAGGGUACCCCCCACCCGGCAGCUGGAUGACUCACACUCUUCUCAGGCUGCUUCCCCCCCCGUGGUGGCUCCUGCCCAUGAGGCUUCCAGGGGCAUCUUCUUGGUGUUUCUAAGUCUGCCUGCCUGCUCGGCCAAGGCAUAGGGAUCCCCCCUGCAGAGAGGGCUGAGAGGUGUGCAGCAUGCUUGUUGGGCUAGCAGGGCUGGGCAGUGGGCCCUAGAACAAAGACUUGGACCCCCCCCCCCCCCCCGGAGGCCCCCAGCAGGGCUUGCAGAAAUCCAGUCUCUUCUGCCUUGCCUCUUUCUGCAAGAGGCGCCUUGUCCAGCAGCAGAGGGGGGGGGGACACGUCAGAAGAGGCUUCCCUUCGGUUUCUUCCAUCCUCUAGCUUCUAAACAGGCAGCACCUCCCCCAGGGGAAUCAACGGUUUGGCUCUCACCUGAUGGGCUCUGGUACUUUGCAAAACCCUCUGUUGCUCUUUGUCUCAAAGGCGCGGAAAUAAAGGGGAGCUGAGCAAAGGCUGCCUGCCUUGUAUCUUGAUCAGGUUUUGUGGACAAACCCGCCCCCCUCCCCACGCAACCCCUCCCCCCCCAAAAAAACCCCUUUUGCUGACCUGGUGAAUGUCCUCGCCAUUCACAAGUGCUGGAGGAUCAAUUUGGGGCUGCUGCACUGGUUUUUACAGCAUGUCGGACAUGGGUUGGAGACAUGGCAUUCUCUCUCCCCACCCCCUGCCAAAUAAACCCAGCUGCUGCAGGGAGGAGUCCAGGUCCCCAUCAGCAUUGCAAACUUGACUAGACCAGCUCAUUGCCCUUCCAUUCCCAAAGGAUGCUGCUGCUUUCUCUUGGGGGCAGCAGAAAAACCAUCAGGUCACGCCCCUGUCACUAAAUGGGUCCAGCAAAUGACUGGAGGAGGGAGGAGGCCUGUGGUCAGGGCAAUAGUGUGCCCAGUCUGCCCUCUGCUGCCGUCCUCCUUGGGAAUGCAGACACUUUCCCUCCAGCAUGUGGACUUUAAAAAAAAACACAUUCUGGGCAUUUAAGAAUAGAGUGAAUUUGUCUGAAGGGGUUCAGUCACAAGCCUUGGCUUUCGACCAGAGCAAACAGCCGGUUGCCUCAGGAGCCGUGGUCCCACUAAUGGGGAUUCCCAAAUUUGGUUGACUACAGCUGCAGUGGUCUUCUGGCCAUUGCAAAUGAGGAUGAUGGGAGUUGUAGUCAACAUCAGCUGGGAAUCCCUGUUCCAGGGAGCACUGCCCAUGAGCCUUGCAGCCAACUGCAUUCUGUACUCCUCCUGUGGAACUCGGUUUCCCCUGGAGCAGAGACAAGUCCCGAGUCUGCUUUUGAGAGCCUCGUGCAGCCAAGUGCCUCCUACAGAGUAAAGGUGGAGGUUGCCACUUCCCAGCCCCUCCAGAGCUGAUUUUUUGGGCAGGUGCGGCUCUCUGCUUGAGCCUGGCUCGAUCCCUCUCCACGCUGCAGGAGAGCUGCUUGGCCCGCUGCGCCUCUCCCUGCUUUGGAGCUUUUGGACAUCCCUAGGGGGGCAGGGUGGUGGGCAUCGGCAAUCCUGGUUUCUGCUUGGCCUCUGGGGACAUGCUUCAGGCUGGCUUAGUCCUGUAGGAGCUGCAAGAGGGGAGGGCAGAGCAGGAGUGUGGUUCCAGGCCCUCUUUUCUUUCCCUUUCCUUCCUUCUCUCUUCUUCCACCUUGUAGUCUCUGGUUUCUUUUUGAGGAAGUCUUUACAAUUAUGUGCUCUCCAUUUUUACAACAAUGCAUUCUUAAAUAAAUUGGUUUUGAGCUGGGAA